AGCGUAGUUUCAAACUUUGGUGUACUAGCCAUAGCAGGCAGUGGUGCCUUAUUAACUCAUCAAAAGGUUAUGAACAAAUAAUUUACAACAACUUUAUCCAGGCUAGUUGAAAGACUUUUUCUGCCAUCAUUAAUUUUUACAAACUUUCUUAAAGCAGUCACAAUUAGUUCUUUAGUAUAAUUAAUACCUAGUACUAUUACAAAAUUUAAUGCUUAUUUUUUGAUUAUAGAAAAGGAAUUGUUAGUAAUAAAUAUUGGAUUAAAGAAAAAAGCUAAAUUCAAUCGUUAUUUUACCACCUGCAAAUCCACACACGACAAAUAUUUAACCACAAUUAUCUUAUAGAAAAAUGAAUUAAAACUAGUAUCCAACAUUAUUAUUUAAACUGAGAUAGUAAAUGCAUUAACAUGGUCUAUAGGUAAACGAAUAUUAGAAUAACAUGAAAAUGAUUAGAAUUAAGUUGAAAUUGAACUUUCUUAUUUAAGAAUAGCUUUACCAGAAUAAUAAUAAGAAAUAAAAAUGAAUAAAAAUCAGAAAUGUCUUUUUGGAAUAUGCUUUUAAUAUCUGUAUUAGCAUCAUUAUGUUUUUUAAUUAUUUUUCCAAUUUAAGAUGACUUAAUAAAUGAUACAUUUUUGCAUAGUUUUGUAUUCUUAUCUCUAUAAACAAUUUCAAAAGCAAACGACACCAUCCGACUUAAUGAUUCUUGGAUCAAACUUAUAUUUAAUUUAUUUUAAUAAUUCAUCGUAAUAAGAAAAGAUAUCUACAAUUAUUUAAAUAGUAGCAAAUAGAUUAAUAUCUUUACUUUUUAAUGGGAUUAAUUACUAUUUUAUUAUUAGAUAAAUUAUCAAUAAUGAAUGA